UUUCCAUUUCCAAACAACAAAUCAAAAAAAAAAAAAAAAUAAAAAUAAACCUCAACUAUCCAACUCUCUCUCUCUCCUCUUCUCUUCUCCCGUCUCCCCCAUUCUCAUAACUCUCUUUUUUCUUCUUCUGCAAAUUUCUCUCUGAAACAUUUCGUCGAACACUUUACACGCAAUCUUCUCAGAAGUAUUUAAGAGCAAGAAAUCAACAAUGUCGCUUAGACCCAAUUCCAGAACUGAGGUAAGGAAGAAGUCUUACAAAAUUGGGGUCGAUGCCGACGAAGCUCGUCGUCGUAGAGAGGACAAUAUGGUGGAGAUCAGGAAGAAUAAGAGAGAAGAUAAUCUUUUGAAGAAGCGUCGAGAGGGUAUGGUUAAUCAAUCUCAACCUCAACCCCUUGUUAACGACGCUCCUCAGAAUAUUGAGAAGAAGUUGGAAAGUAUCCCUUUAAUGGUGCAAGGAGUGGCAUCUGCUGAUCCCGGCAUCCAAUUGGAGGCAACCACUCAAUUUAGGAAGCUCUUGUCAAUUGAACGCUGUCCUCCAAUUGAUGAAGUUAUUAGUGCUGGUGUGGUCCCGAAGUUUGUUGAAUUCCUUGACAGGCAUGAUGUUCCUCAACUUCAGUUUGAGGCAGCUUGGGCUCUGACCAAUGUGGCCUCUGGGACUUCCGAGCACACAAGAGUUGUGAUUGACCAUGGUGCUGUCCCAAAGUUUGUCCAACUUCUAGGAUCUGCCAGUGAUGAUGUCCGGGAGCAGGCAGUGUGGGCUUUGGGAAAUGUUGCUGGUGACUCUCCAAGCUGUAGGGAUCUUGUACUGAGUCAUGGCGCUCUAGUGCCGUUACUAUCGCAGUUAAAUGAAAACUCCAAACUGUCGAUGCUAAGGAAUGCUACUUGGACACUGUCCAACUUUUGUCGUGGCAAACCACCGGCACCCUUUGAACAGGUUAAACCUGCGCUACCAGUGCUUCGCCACCUUAUCCAUCUAAAUGAUGAAGAAGUUUUGACAGAUGCUUGCUGGGCCCUUUCCUAUCUGUCUGAUGGACCUAACGACAAAAUUCAGGCAGUCAUUGAGUCUGGAGUUUGCCCACGGCUCAUGCAGCUCCUUCUUCAUCCUUCGCCAACAGUUCUCAUUCCCGCUCUUCGAACAGUUGGAAAUAUUGUCACAGGAGAUGAUAGCCAGACCCAGUAUGUAUUAGACAACAACGUUCUUCCUUGUCUUCACCAACUUCUCACUCAAAAUCACAAGAAAAGCAUAAAGAAGGAAGCAUGUUGGACAAUAUCGAAUAUUACUGCUGGAAACAAGGCUCAAAUUCAGGCCGUUGUUGAGGAUGGUCUUGUGCAGCCUCUUGUGCAACUACUCCAGAAUGCAGAGUUUGACAUUAAGAAGGAGGCUGCUUGGGCAAUCUCAAAUGCCACAUCUGGGGGUGCUCCUGAACAGAUACGAUUCUUGGUCAGUCAAGGUUGUAUCAAACCUCUAUGUGAUCUUCUAAUAUGCCCAGACCCACGAAUCGUUACGGUUUGCCUCGAGGGGCUCGAGAACUUACUGAAGGUGGGAGAGACUGACAAAGAAAUGGGGAUGAAUGGCGGAGUUAAUAUCUAUGCUCAAAUGAUUGAUGAAUGUGAAGGAUUGGACAAAAUUGAGAACUUGCAGACUCAUGAUAAUAACGACAUUUAUGAGAAAGCUGUGAAAGUUUUGGAGAAAUACUGGGCUGAGGAAGAAGAGGAGCAGAAUGCUCAAGACGGUGCAGCUAUGAACCAACAGGGCUUUAACUUUGGUGCUACUCAACCCAACAUCCCAGCUGGCGGUUUCAAGUUUGUGUGAAGCGGGAGCUUUUGGUGUUUGUAGUCUCCAUGUCUUUAGGCGUCUUCCCGACGACCCUCCCCCCCUCCCCCCUCGACUGAAUUUUGGAAGCUGUGUUUGCUAUUUUAGCCCCCCCUAGAGCCAGUGUUUUGGUCUCGCUUUAGGGCAUCAUUGUUCUAUGAAUUAUGGGUCUAUUUUGUUUGUGUUUCUGCUUCUCACAGGAAAAAUUAUGUUAUACUCAGAAAUUUGUAUUUAGCUGCACAAGUGUAGUCACAAGUUUUUCUUGCCAUGUUUGGCAUCUUGAAGUCUUUCAAACUCCAGUUUCCGAUUGUUGGCUGAGCAAGGAGAAUUAUCUUGCUGUUAUGCAUUUUAGUAUGUUACAACUGCUUCUCUGUA